AUGGCUCCCAAGGUUCUCGUCGUUCUGACUAGCCAGUCAAAGAUGAACAAUGGCAACCCUACCGGCUGGUACUUGCCUGAGCUCGCUCACCCUUACUACGACCUCGUAAACGCCGGCGUCGAGAUCGUCACUGCCUCUCCCGCAGGCGGUGAAGCUCCCCUCGACCAAGGCUCCGUCGAGAUGUUCAAGGCCGAUGAGGAAUCAGUAAAGUUCCUCAACGAGAAGAAGCAAGUCUGGGAGCAAACCGCCCCCCUCAAGGAAUUCCUCGACAAGUCCUCCGAGUACGACGCCAUUUUCUACCCCGGUGGUCACGGCCCCAUGUUCGAUCUCGUCAACGAUGAGACUUCCAUCAAGCUUAUCGAGGAGUUUUACAAGGCUGGCAAGCCUGUUGCUUCCGUGUGCCACGGACCUAUUGUCUUUACUCAGGUCAAGAUUGAUGGAAAGCCUCUUCUUGAGGGACGUGAGGCUACUGGUUUCAGCAACUCUGAGGAGGAAGCUGUUGGCUUGACUAGCUCUAUGCCUGUUCUUCUUGAGGAUGAGAUUAAGCGUGUUGGUGGAAAGUAUGUCAAGGCUGAUGACUGGGCUGAGAAGUUGGUUGUUGAUGGACAGGUCAUUACUGGUCAGAACCCUGCUUCUGCUCACGCUGUUGGCAAGGCCAUUCUCAAGGCCAUCGGUGCUUAA